UUCCAAUACGGAAAACAAGCACCAGUGACCACUACAAGAAGGUCCACAAUGAUAUUAAUUAUCCUUAAUCGGUGCCACUCUGUAAUCACACUUAUUAAGGUUGUUUCAGUUGAUUUCUUUAUUGUGUUGAGCCAUGUUUGGUGAAUCUGUAUCUGUAAUUAAGCUUUUUUUUUUUUUUUCAUUAUUAGAUCACUUAGAAUAUUUUUUCCCCAUCAGGGUCAGGGUCUGUGUCGUUCUUCUGGGAUGAAAAUGCUUCAGAAUCACCAAUGAAUUGUGAAUGGGGAAGAAGGUUAAUGGUUCAGAACUUCAGAUUUUAUGUUGCCUUUCGAACCCGGAUUUUCUUUUUUACUUUAGAUACAUUUCUAGACAUCAAUGGAGAUUGGAGAACCUAAUUUGUCACGAUAAGUUUAAAAAAUCCCCUGCAAGUGUUUGGUCGAUGGUCUCAGUCAGAUUGUAAACCAGACAAGUUUAUGAUGUGUUUGAUUUGUCGUUCUUGGACUAAUUCAGCUUAAAUGAUAAUUGUCAAAUACAGUUUUUCUUUGUUCUCUUCAACCGACCCCUCUUCAAAGCUUACCCGAACACUCUCCCUUCGUCAUUGUCUGGUUGUUCAAUCUUCAGCAUUUAUUAUUAAACCUUCUUAAUUUCAAUGAUCUUGUUGCCCGUUGCCCAGAAAUAGUAGGCGUUUUUACCUGCUGAUCCAUACAAUCUCGAAGAUUUUAAAGUAAUGGCUGACCGAUGGAACGAGUGUUGUUCAUGCUUCAGUUGAAAUUUGCUUAAAAGAACGAUAUCCAUCGCUAAUUCCAAGGAAAUCUUCGCAGAAAGCUAGUUUGGAAGAAAUAGUUAUUUCCUGAUCUGGGUUUGGAGUGAAAGUGUCAUUUGGUGAUUCUAAUUAAUGCGGAAGAAUAUUUGGUCUAUAAGGGGAAUACUCUGUUCCUAUUUAAUUUCUUGGUCUGUAUAGGGGAAAUGGGAAUACUCUGUUCCUUUUCUUUCCAAAGUUCCAUUUCGUUUGGGUGUGUUUUAAUGGUGCCAUUAACUUGGUAGUGUGGUUCCAAACUCUUGCGUCAGCUAAUCGAUAUUGGGAAGUUGGUAAUGAAGCUCCUAUCUAUGGAAAUGUUCAAGGUAUUCAUGAGAGGACACCGAAUAUAGCUCAAGCCAUUAAACAGAUCAAGAAAGGGAAGUGAUUGAGGUUAAUGAAUGUCUUUAUGGCACCAACGUAUUGUAGAUCUUGCCACAUAACUUGUUUUGACCUUUGCAUUUUUUAAGCUGAUGUUCCCAUGGGAGCAAAUUAGAAGUUGUCUGGUGUUUGACUGGAAAACAGAACAAAGUAGUCUUCAAUUUGGAUACAUUGCCUAUAGCUCUAUUGCUUGAAUGCUUUCGUAAGAAAUUGCAAUCUUGGUUCUGGUUAUAGCAGAGCGGAUUUCCAUUCAUUUUGAUGGCUUCAAUUAGAAGAACUUUGUCUCCAAUGCCACGAGCUGGAGCCAUGCACAAUGGGGAGUUGUACUCAGUCUGUUCUUCUCCCUUGUCCAAGUCCUCCUCCUGUAAUCAGGACUACCCACCAUUGGGAGGAUCUUUAUCCUCCCUGUCUGGUUCAAUGGAUUCAUAUUCAGUUUUGUAUAGACUUCAAGCUGCCCUUCUUGGUAUUAUAACUCGGAGAUUUCGGACCUUAGAGAGGUCAAAAUCAAAGGGGCAACUCUGGAGGAGAGCUUUGUUUCAUUUCUUUAUUUGCUUUUUGGUUGGAAUUUUCAUUGGUUUGACCCCAUUAAUCUCCACAAACAUCUCCAUAAAUCUUGGGUCCAAGCACCAAGCCUUCUCCUUUGAAGUCCUCUCUCCAGAUGGAAAUGCACACCAAUAUGAUGGCACCUCAAAGAAGGGUUCUCUGGCUGAGGCUCAAAGAUCCCAGGACAAUGCCAGUUUAGAAACUUGGUCAGUGAAACAGGAACAGCUGCUUGGAAUUUCUAAUGAUAACCCUGUAACCCAGUUGCCUUUUCAAGAUUCAGAUCUUAUGGACAGGAAGCUUUUGAUAAUUGUGACACCGACUUAUACUCGGCUAUUUCAAGCAUAUUAUUUGAAUCGUCUAGCUCAGACCUUAAGACUGGUCUCUUCUCCUCUACUCUGGAUAGUUGUGGAGAUGUUCUCCCAAUCUGCUGAGACAGCUGACAUUUUGAGGAGAACAGGUGUUAUGUACAGACAUCUUGCAUGCUACAAGAACCUAACCAGUGUAAGAGAUAGACGUGUUCACCAAAGAAAUGUGGCAUUGUCUCACAUUGAAACACAUCGCCUCUAUGGAAUUGUCUACUUUGCGGAUGAUGAUAACAUGUAUUCCGUCAAUCUUUUUGAGCAAAUGAGGGAGAUCAGGUGUCCCAGUCUGGUAUGGAGUGGACUUCUCCAUCUCCUCCACCCAUUCCAUCUCUCAUACCCUUCCCUGAUGUGCCCAAUAUCAGUGACUCAGCUCCUCUACAGGUUUAUCAGCGCAAGAAGAAGGUUGGACAGCCAAGUGGAGAAACCAAUGCUCCAGAUGAUUCACUUCCUCCACCGCCUCCUUUCUCUGGUGAAGCUCCUCCUUCUCCGCUUGAUGACUUACCAAUUGCUCAAAGGAAAGGUACACGUUCUUGCACUAAAAAAUCUAUGGUUGUGUAUCCUAUUGAUAACUUUGUUUCCUUGUCUCAUCUUCCCUCUCCCAUCCAUGGUCUUGCCUUGUCACUUUCUACUAACCUCAUUCCCUACGCCCAUAAUGAUGCCCUAACUAUUCCUGGAUGGAAAGCUGCCAUGGAUGUAGAAAUGGAUGCUCUUUUGAGUCAUGGUACAUGGAGCAGAGUAGAUUUAUCUCCUGGUAAGGAUUUGGUGAAGUGUCGCUGGGUGUACACUGUUAAGUAUCACUCUGAUGACUCUGUUGAGCGGUUGAAAGCCCAUCUGGUUGCGGUAUACUCAGACAUAUGGAGUUGAUUAUUUUGAGAUCUCCCCGGUUGCUAGGUUGAACUUUGUUGGUCUACUUAUUUCUCUUGCUGUCAACUUUGAUUGGCCCUUGUUUAAGUGGGACAUCAAGAAUGCCUUCUUAUAUGGUGACCUACAGGAAGAGGUGUAUAUGGAGCAACCUCUUGGUUAUGUUGAUCAGGGGGGGAAUAAAGGUCGUGUGUGUCGUUUACACAAGGCUAUCUAUGGACUUAAACAGUCCCCUCGGGCAUGGUUUGACAAGUUCACUGCUAUCAUAGUCACUUGUGGUUUUUCUCAAUGUUAUUCUGAUCAUUCUGUCUUUGUUCGUCGCAGAGGUGAUAAACUGGUUGUCUUGGUAGUUUAUGUUGAUGAUAUAAUUCUUACUGGUAAUGAUGAGGCGGGAAUUUCUGAAGUAAAAGCUUAUCUACAACAACACUUUCAGACUAAGGACUUGGGCCAACUUCACUAUUUUCUUGGGAUUGAGGUGAUCCGAUGUAAGAAAGGGAUCAGUUUGUCUCAAAGGAAAUACGUGUUGGACCUUUUAUCUGAUGCUGGCAUGCUUGCAUCCAAACCUGUUGAUAUCCCUAUGGAUCCUCACCAAAAGUUUGGUGUUAAUGAUGGCGAACCUCUUCAGGAUGUGCAUCAGUAUAGGAGUUUGAUUGGUAAGCUGAUUUGUCUUACUGGAACACGUCCUAACAUCUCCUAUGUUGUUGGAGUCCUUAGUCAGUUCAUGCAGUCUCCUCAGAAAGCACAUUGGGAUGCUGCUGUCCGUGUUCUUCGUUAUCUAAAGGGUGCUCUUGGAAAAGAGUUGAUCUAUCGUCCUAAUCGACAUAUGGAACUAGUUGGCUAUUCUGAUGCUGAUUGGGCCGACUCUGUUAAUGAUCGGAGAUCUACUACUGGUUAUUGUACAUUUGUUGGAGGUAAUCUGGUUACAUGGCGUAGCAAGAAGCAGACUACCAUUGCCCGAUCUAGUGCAGAAGCAGAAUAUAGAGCUAUGACUCAUACCACUGCUGAGUUAAUGUGGUUACGGUCUUUACUCUUGGAGCUGGGAUUUCUAGUAACCAAGCCUAUGCAGAUGUAUUGUGACAACCAAGCUACGGUGUACAUUGCUAGUAAUCCAGUCUUCCAUGAGAGGACCAAGCACAUAGAGGUGGACUGCCACUUUGCUCGUGAUGCUGUUCUGAAGAAGCUGAUUGAGACUUCUUUUGUUCCUUCAUUAGAUCAAUUGGCUGAAAUGUUCACUAAGUCAUUGUUUGCUCCUAGUUUUCGUAAUGGUUGUACCAAGCUGAGCAUGGGUGAUAUGUAUGCUCUAGCUUGAGGGGGAGUGUUGAGUUUAGUGCCUAGCGCUAAACCGAUAGAGGCCGAUAGGGGUAUUUUGGGUCCCAUCAGCUCCCAUAUUUUUGUGAUGUGGCUUUGCUUGUAAUUGGGCAAUGGGGGUACUUUUGUCUUUUACUUUCAGCAUUAUUUUAAUAUAAAUAAAGGACUAAAACCUACGAUCAACCCAUUCUUGACUGAUCGCAGGCCUCUCCUCUCUUUUGGGAGUA